AUGGUUGUUAGCGCUCUGAUAUCGGAGUUCUCCUCCCUAUGUGAGGGACUGGGACUGAGCUCUAGCAAGUUACUGAUGAUUCUGGCUCUGUUGAUCACGGCCGGAUAUUCGGCGGCGAAGCUCAUAUCAAAACCGAAAAAACUGAUACCAGUACCACCAGAGAAGGCCAACAACAAAAACAGAAAGUACGGCCACUGGACGCCGGAAAUUUUCGAGCUUCCUGAGCCAGAAGAGUAUAAGGACUGGUCCAUAACCGAAACCAGGCCCGUUCCAUACAGAGCAUUCAAGCAUACUUAUUACAUCACUAUGGGUAUAAGAGCAAUGGAGUGGGAUAAGUGGAUUGAACUGGACAACGAAUGGCCAAAAUACCAUAACAGAAAGUUGCAGAGAAUCAAGGAGAAAGGCGCUGAACUGUAUGGUACUCUGCCCGAGGCUUAUCCUGCUGCCAUGGAACUGCUGGCCGAGUUCAAGAGAUUUCUUCCAGCUAGAUAUCCCAAAUUGUUCAAGAGAACCGAAGUUGGGAUUGACAAUCUGGUCACAGGAGAAAGCUUUGAUUUCACCGAGCCUUUGAAGGAGGACCCCAUGCUGAUGGCUGCAAAGAUGACGCAAGAUGAUCUGGCUAUCAUGAUCGAGAACGAAAACGGUGAGUAUGUGCUAAAGGGUGGAGCUAUCAUGCUUGCAGGAUUCUGGAGACUCAGAGACAAGAUUAACCUGCCCUUAUCUGCUAUACAUACCACAGGCGAUGUUCCUAAAUACAAUGAGAAACUCAAGUCCGGUAUGGAAAAGUUUUUUAUCAGACAGACACCUGAAAAGCCCAUUGUGAGGAACAACUAUUUCCUACAAACUGACGACGAUUUGGCCUGGUCAAAGUCCAUUGGUGACGAAGACAAUGAGGUUGUUGGAUGGUAUACUGCCACGCCAGCUUCUGACAUCAAUAAGGUUUACUUCCGUUCGGAAAGACAAUCACUACGUCGUCUGCCUAUUACAGGAGCAACCAUUUUUACCAUCCGCACAUAUUUUUUGCCAGUAGUUGAGCUGUGCAAAGAGCCUUAUGUUCCCAGAAGACUACUGAACGGAAUUCUUUCGUGGACAGAUGUUGUUCAGGAAUACAGAGGCUACACCAAGUUCAAGGAUGUUCUGCUGCCAUAUUUGGAGGAGCGUGCAGAAGAGCAGGAGGCUAUGGGUUACACGAAUGACACAGAGCCCGAUACUUAUCCUAUGUGA